GAGGUGGUUGGUUUGGUUGGACCAGAGAGAGAGAAAGAGAGAGAUGUGUUGUAUGUGGGGAAUAACCGGUUUUAGGGAAGGAUUCAUUGCAUACUGAAUGUGCAGUAGCAAAGCACCUGUGGGGUGGUGGUGUCUGUGGACGACACCUAUAUCUUUUUCUUCCUUUUUCAAUAUAAGACUUUGUUUCUUCACGAUGCACACAUAUAUAAACACAAUACAUUCCCCCACACCCCAAACCUCACUUCAUCCAUUUCAAACUUCCUUCUUCCUCUUCUAUUUUUUGCCCUGCUCCGUGGGGUUUACACUCUCAAAUGCUCUGCACCCUUUUCUCUAUAAUCUGUUUUUUCCUUCUUCUUCUUCUUCUUCUUCUUCUUCCUCUCUCUGAUCUUAAGGGCUUUCAACUGCUGCCUCGCAGAUUUUCUUGCUUGUGGACUCAUCCUCUGUGCUCAUGCCUGCCCUUGUCAAUUACAGCGGUGAUGAUGAACUGUACCCAGGGGGUUCUUUCUGCUCAAGUCCAAUGGAGUUGGGUCGCUUGUACUCUACUAUUGGCUCCAAUUUGGAUUUGUACUACCCUCCUAACAAGAGACCUCGCUCCAUCCUUGAAGCUAUUGAGGGUGAGCAACAUUAUCAAGAGCCUGGUAUUGAGGUUCUUCCGGAUGAAUGCCUAUUUGAGAUAUUCAGACGGCUACCCGGUGGCAAAGAGAGGAGCUUAUGUGCCUGUGUAUCUAAACGGUGGCUUAUGCUUAUGAGCUCUAUUUGCAGAGAUGAGAUUGAGAGGACUACUUCUUUUGCUGCAACGGUUUCUUCAGAUGAGAAUCAAGAUAUUGAAUGUGAUGGUUACCUUACAAGGUGUCUGGAUGGGAAGAAAGCCACUGAUGUGAGGCUUGCUGCAAUUGCAGUUGGGACUAGUUCCCGUGGGGGACUAGGGAAGCUAUCUAUCAGAGGAAGCAACUCUAUGCGUGGUGUCACAGACCUUGGCCUUUAUGCAGUUGCUCACGGUUGCCCUUCUCUCAGAUCGCUUUCUUUGUGGGAUGUAUCUUCAAUUGGGGACGAGGGUCUGUCUCAGAUAGCAAAAGGGUGUCAUAUGUUGGAGAAGCUUGAUUUGAGUCAUUGUUCCUCGAUCACCAACAAGGGUUUGAUUGCAAUAGCUGAAGGCUGCCCCAACUUGACCACCUUAAAUAUGGAAUCAUGUCCAAAUAUUGGAAAUGAGGGCCUGCAAGCUCUCGCAAAGUUAUGUCCCAAGCUGCAGUCAAUCUCUAUCAAGGAUUGCCCUCUUGUUGGGGAUCACGGAGUAUCUAAUCUGUUGUCCUUGGCUUCCAACUUGUCAAGGGUUAAGCUUCAGGCCUUGAAUAUUACCGAUUUCUCUCUGGCUGUUAUCUGUCAUUAUGGAAGGGCGAUAACAAAUCUGGUCCUCUCUGGUCUAAAAAAUGUCACAGAAAGGGGGUUCUGGGUCAUGGGGGCUGCUCAAGGUCUGCAGAAACUGGUGUCACUUACUGUUACUUCCUGUAGGGGGGUAACUGAUAAAAGCAUAGAAGCCAUAGGUAAGGGUUGCAUCAACCUGAAGCAGAUGUACCUUCGCAGGUGUUGCUUUGUUACUGAUAGUGGAUUGGUAGCAUUUGCCAAAGCUGCAGUAUCUCUUGAGAGCCUGCAGUUGGAGGAGUGCAACAGGUUUACUCAGUCUGGGAUUAUUGUUGCUCUUUCAAACAUCAAAACGAAGUUGAGAUCUCUUACCCUUGUGAAGUGCUCUGGAGUUAAGGAUAUCGAUAUGGAAGUAUCUAUGCUUUCUCCUUGCGAGUCGCUUCGAUCUUUAGCCAUUCAAAAGUGCCCUGGUUUUGGUAGUUCUAGCCUGGCCAUGAUUGGAAAAUUAUGCCCCCAACUUCGGCAUCUUAAUCUUACUGGACUCUAUGGCAUAACUGAUGCUGGCCUUCUCCCCCUCCUGGAGAAUUGUGAGGCUGGACUUGUCAAUGUAAACCUUGCCGGUUGUUGGAACUUGACAGAUAACAUAGUUUCAGCCUUGGCCAGGCUACAUGGUGGAACACUAGAAGUACUAAAUUUGGAUGGAUGCAUGAAAAUUACUGAUGCAAGCUUGAUUACAAUUGCAAACAACUGUCUGGUGCUUAAUGAUCUAGACGUGUCGAAGUGCGCAAUCACUGAUGCCGGUAUUGCUGUUCUCUCUAGGGCCAGCCUGCUUAGCUUGCAAGUACUUUCCUUGUCUGGUUGCUCUGAUGUAUCAAACAAGUGUCUCCCUUUUCUGACCAUAUUGGGCCAGAGCUUGAUAGGAUUAAAUAUUCAAAACUGCAACUCAAUUAGCAGCAGCACAAUGGAGUUGCUAGUGGAGAAGUUGUGGAGAUGUGAUAUUCUGAUUUAAUCAGGGAAGGAGAUGGAACUGUACAGGUCACAUUCAGCACUCAGCACUCAGCACAGGUUUUGGCUGAUAUGUCUAUCGAGGUGGAUUGGUGGCAGUUUGUUGACUUAGUUGUUUUCCGGGGGAACUUUGGCGUGUUCCUUCAUGACCCAUUUUUUCACAAGCUUGAAAAUGCUUGUUCCAACCUACAACAACCCUUUUGGCCUUGGGCUACUUCUUUCAUGGCUUGGGUCCCCUGAGAUUGCAGUUACUAAGUCCUGGUUGAUGGUAUCCACUGCUAGAUAGUGCAUGCUUAUGCUAGAUCUUACUUUGUACCGCUGGAUGUUGAUAAUAAUAAAAAAAAAAACAGUUUUAGCUUCUGUCUCACAUUUACUAUGAUGUUGCUUAGAUUUGAGCUUUAGUUCAUGUCCUUUGAUGUGGUCUGUGUCUUUAGUUUAUACCAAUGAAGCUUCUUAACCAUGUCUUGAAUGUGGAAGAGAGGUUUAACUUGGUUUCCUUUGGUCUUGUGAGUGUGGUUAUGUUGUGCGAUUAUAAGGUUAGGUGCCUCAGAUUCAAGGGCUUCGGUCUGCCACAACACAACAACCCCAUCGUCUGGGUUGUUUUAUUUUAUCGUUUUUUUUCUUUCCUUUUAAAUCAAGCCCUUGUUAUUGUACGCUUCUCUGGCUUUUGAAUUGUACUCAGCAGACCACUUUGCUUAUCGUCAAUAAUAAAAGUGCAAUUUUCUCUUGCACCUAUGUUGUC